AUGAUCAGGACUGAAAAGAAGCCAGAAACAGACUUGUCUGUUGGAUUUUUUCAACUGUUUCGAUUCGCGACAUGGAAGGACACUCUGAUGAUGGUGGUUGGGGGGCUUUGUGCCCUGGUCCAUGGGGCGGCCUCCCCCCUCAUGCUGCUGGUGUACAGUAUGAUGACCAACACGUUUGUGGCCUACGAGCUGGAGGUACAGGAGCUAGCAGAUCCCAACAAGACCUGCACCAACAACACCAUCACCUGGACCAAUGGCUCUGUGGUAGAGCUGGCAGACAACACCACCAUAGACUGUGGAGUUGACAUUGAAGCUCAGAUGACCUUGUUUGCAUAUUACUAUAUUGGCAUUGGAGCUGCAGUCCUUCUUGUCAGUUAUUUUCAAAUUGCCCUGUGGGUGUCGGCGGCAGCCCGGCAGACCCAGCGGAUCAGGAAGACUUUCUUCCGGAAGGUCAUGUGCAUGGAGAUUGGCUGGUUUGACUGCAACUCUGUCGGAGAGCUGAACACCAGAAUGUCAGAUGACAUCAACAAGAUAAACAACGCUAUAGCGGACCAGGUGUCCAUCUUCAUCGAGCGAAUCUCCACCUUCAUCUUCGGCUUCAUGGUGGGGUUCAUCGGUGGCUGGAAGCUGACGCUCGUGGUCAUCGCAGUGAGCCCUCUGAUUGGGCUGGCGGCCGGACUAAUGGCCAUGGCGGUGUCGAGGCUGACGGGCCGGGAGCUGCAGGCCUACGCCAAGGCGGGCGCCGUGGCGGACGAGGUGCUGUCCGCCAUCAGAACGGUGGCGGCUUUCGGAGGGGAGAGGAAGGAGGCAGAGAGGUACGACAGCAACCUGGUGGAGGCCCAGAGGUGGGGUGUUAAAAAAGGGACCAUCAUCGGUGUGUUUCAGGGCUACCUCUGGUGCAUCAUCUUUCUCUGCUAUGCUUUGGCCUUUUGGUACGGCUCAAAGCUGGUCAUAGACACCAAGGAGCUCUCACCUGGGAGUCUCAUUCAGGUGUUCUUUGGCGUUCUAAUGGCGGCCAUGAAUCUGGGCCAGGCUUCGCCGUGUCUGGAGGCCUUCGCUUCAGGCCGCGCCGCCGCCAAGGCCAUCUUUGACACCAUCGACAGGGAGCCGGAAAUCGACUGUUUCUCAGAGGACGGGCACAAACUCGAGAGGGUGAAGGGUGACAUCCAGUUCCACAGUGUCACAUUUAACUAUCCCUCCCGCCCAGACGUCAAGAUUUUAGACGACUUGAAACUGCUGGUCAAGGCUGGAGAAACGACAGCUUUCGUCGGGCCAAGUGGUUCGGGGAAAAGCACUACAAUACAGCUUAUUCAGAGAUUCUACAAUCCCAAGGAAGGAAUGGUGACGCUGGACGGCCAUGACAUCCGGGGGCUGAACAUCCAGUGGCUGCGCUCUCUGAUCGGCAUCGUGGAGCAGGAGCCCGUGCUGUUCGCCACCACCAUCGCCGAGAACAUCCGCUACGGCCGCUCGGACGUCUCCAUGGAGGACAUCGUCAACGCCGCCAAGGAGGCCAACGCCUACAACUUCAUCAUGGAUCUACCUCAGAAAUUCGAGACCCUGGUGGGGGAGGGCGGGGGUCAGAUGAGCGGGGGACAGAAGCAGAGGAUAGCCAUCGCUCGAGCCCUGGUCAGAAACCCCAGGAUCCUGCUCCUGGACAUGGCCACCUCUGCCCUGGACAACGAGAGCGAAGCCGUGGUUCAGGAAGCACUGGAUAAGGCUCGUUGGGGCCGAACCACCAUCACCAUCGCCCACCGCCUGUCCACCAUUCACAACGCGGACGUCAUCGUGGGGUUCGAGCACGGCCGGGCGGUGGAGAGGGGCUCUCACAGCGAGCUGCUGGCCCGGAAGGGCGUGUACUUCACCCUGGUCACUCUGCAGAGCCAGGGCGGAGGCAUGGCCAAUGACAAAGAAAAGAAGGCUCUUGAGAUGGAAACCACAGAGGAGCCUUGCAUUGAGAGAGUGAGCAGUUUCAGCAGAGGGAGUUACAAGUCUGGGCUCAGGCGGUCUCUGCGUCUGAGGUCACAGUCCCAGCUGUCAAACAGCCGCCCCCCUGACGCCAUAUCCGGAAACAUCCAGAUGGAGGCGGACACCUUCAGCCAGGGGGUGGAGAGUGAGAAAGUAAGGUGAAGCAAUGCUGAGGAUGGAGUGGAGGAGUCCAUAGAACCGGCGCCGGUAACCCGGAUUCUGAAGUACAACCGGCCCGAGUGGCCCUACAUGCUGCUGGGCUCCCUGGGAGCGGCGGUGAACGGAUCGGUCAACCCCAUCUAUGCCGUGUUAUUUAGCCAGAUCCUCGGGACCUUCUCCAUCCGAGAUCUUGACGAGCAGAGGCAGCAGAUUAACGGCAUAUGCGUGCUGUUCGUCAUGGUGGCUGUCGUGAGCUUCUUCUCUCAGUUCCUGCAGGGCUACACCUUCGCGAAGUCGGGGGAGCUGCUGACGAGGAGGUUGCGCAGGCUGGGGUUCGAGGCCAUGCUGAGGCAGGAGGUUGGCUGGUUCGAUGACCCCAGGAACAGCCCCGGAGCCCUGACCACCCGGCUGGCCACUGACGCCUCCAUGGUCCAAGGGGCUACAGGAUCGCAGAUUGGAAUGAUCGUCAACUCCCUGACCAACAUUGGAGCAUCUUUCAUCAUAGCCUUCUACUUCAGCUGGAAGCUCACCCUGGUGGUGAUGUGCUUUCUGCCACUGAUUGGGUUGUCAGGGGUCUUCCAGGCAAAAAUGCUGACAGGCUUUGCAAACGAUGACAAGAAGGCCUUGGAGGCUGCAGGUCAGGUUUCCAGUGAAGCCAUGGCCAACAUUAGGACCAUUGCAGGUUUAGCCAAAGAGAAAAAGUUUGUAGACUUAUACGAGCAGCAGCUGGAGGCUCCGUAUCGAGCUGCUAAGAAAAAGGCCAAUGUGUACGGCAUCUGCUUUGCCUUCGCUCAAUGUGUGAUCUUCAUGGCGUACGCUGCCUCCUUCCGAUACGGCGGCUAUCUCGUCAACUACGAAGGACUGCACUACAUGGUGGUUUUCAGGGUGAUUUCUGCCAUAGUAAUCAGCGGCACGGCCCUGGGAAAAGCCUCCUCCUUCACCCCAGACUACGCCAAAGCCAAGACAGCUGCUGCACAGCUGUUCCGACUGUUGGACAGAGUGCCCAGGAUCAGCCUGAGCCAGACUGAGGGCGAGAGAUGGGACAAGUUCAGAGGAGAGGUCGGGUUCAUCGACUGCAAGUUCACGUACCCGACCCGCCCAGACGUGCAGGUGCUGAACGGGCUGUCGGUGUCGGUGAAGCCGGGCCAGACUCUGGCCUUCGUGGGCAGCAGCGGCUGUGGCAAAAGCACCAGCGUGCAGCUGCUGGAGAGAUUCUACGACCCCGACCAGGGCAGGGUGCUGAUAGACGGGCGUCCCUCUGGGCGUGUGAACGUGCCCUUCCUGAGGGCUCAGAUUGGCAUCGUUUCCCAGGAGCCUGUGCUCUUUGACUGCAGCAUUGCGGAGAACAUCCAGUACGGAGACAACACUCGAAGCGUCAGCAUGCAGGAAGUGGAGGAGGCUGCCAAGAAGGCUUACCUGCACGAUUUCGUGAUGACGCUGCCAGAUAAAUAUGAAACUCAGGUUGGGGUGCAGGGGUCCCAGCUGUCCCGUGGGCAGAAGCAGCGCAUCGCCAUCGCCCGGGCGAUCGUGAGGAACCCCAAAAUCCUGCUGCUGGACGAGGCCACGUCGGCGCUGGACACGGAGAGCGAGAAGACGGUCCAGGCCGCUCUGGAUGAAGCUCGUCAGGGCCGUACCUGCAUCGUCAUCGCCCACAGACUGUCCACCAUCCAGUCCGCUGACAUCAUCGCUGUCAUGUCCCAGGGAGCCGUCAUCGAGAAGGGGACACACGAGGAGCUCAUGGCCAAGAGGGCCGCCUAUUACAAACUGGUCACGACAGGCGCCCCCAUCAGCUAGACAGAGAGGCACCUGGCUCCUUCUGUUGUAUCAGCUGCAAUCCUCUAAUGGGUGAUCAAUUAUGAGGUUCAGUGGCUUUUAAUAGGGCAAAUAAGGGAGUCAGUCUUUGCUACUGCACUGUGGGAAACAGGGGACAGAGAACCUUUGCUACUCCCGCAGCCAAAGGGGACAUCAGGAUCGAGAGCGGUUCUUCACUUACGUAUACUGUCUAGGAUUUCCACACUCAAUGGUUAUGGUUACUGCACAGUCCUCAAAC